AUGUGGACGGAUGGCGAGGUGGGAAUUGCUGUUUCUAGGUUCCCAUUGAUGCUGUCGAGGUCCAAAGAAUCACUGCAGCGUAGGUCUGAGUUCCUCAUCUCUGAGGUGGGCUUGGAACCGGCGUUCGUUGCUCAUCGACCCGUAAUGCUCGGUCACAGUCUAGAGGGCCGGCUCAGGCCCCGGUACUAUGUUGUGAAGUUUCUCAAGGAAAAUGGAUUGCUCAAGCGUGACCCAAACUACAGUACCGUUUUCAAGAUGAGUGAGAAGGUAUUCAGGAAGAAGUUCAUAUUCCCUCACAAGGAGGCUGCGCUGCACCUCGCAGAAGACUACGAUGCCGCUUGCAAGGGGGAAGUGCCGACUAAUUUCAGAUUCACAUAA